AUGGCUUUUUUGCCUCUUGGGAUUUUCUUCUUUUGCUUCUUAGGUCAGGAAAACGGAAUCUCCCCCAUUUGCAUCCUAAGGAUGGUGGAUACUGCUGAAACGGGGUCAUGGUCCUCACCCGAGAAGGUGGAAUGUAGGAUUUGCCAUGAUGAGGAUCAGGAUUCAAACAUGGAGACUCCUUGUUCCUGCACUGGUAGCAUGAAGUAUGCUCAUCGGAAGUGUGUGCAAAGAUGGUGCAACGAAAAGGGGGACACUAUUUGUGAGAUUUGCCGACAGGGUUUCAAGCCAGGGUAUCUAGCUCCAUCUCCAUUAUCUCGCUAUGGACGAAUUACGAGCAACUUCAGAGAGGGAUGGGAGAUAUCCAGACGAGCACUCCCCAACACUGAAUUUAUAACCAUGGUUGCUGGUGAUGAUGAUUUUCUGGAUCAUGAUUUUGACGAUUUUCCAUCACCUAAUCUGAGAAACUUGAUAUGUUGCCGCAUUGUCGCCAUAAUUUUUGUAAGUCUUCUUGUUCUGAGACAUACUCUACCAGUCAUUAUUAAUGGCAGGGAAGAGUAUUCACUGACACUGUUUAUGUUCAUAUCGUUGAGGAUAAUCGGGAUUCUUCUGCCUAUUUAUGUAAUGGUUAAAGCAUUCACAGCCGUCCAGCAUUGUCGACACCAACAGAUUUCUAGCAACUCCCGUCUUUCCACAUUAACUGUUGGAAAUGGAUCAUCACCCAUGCGCCCCCCUUCACAACAUGUCAUUCACCUUCGUUAA